AUUGCAUGAAGACACAAGUAAGCACUGUCCACCACCAUCUCUCUCACCCCCACAAUGCCACUGCCACCUACACCACUUUAUUAUCAUCUAGAUUACCAACCAAAUUAAAGAAACUACCAUCUAGAAUUUUAAGAAUCUUUUCAAGAAAUCUGUCUUUGCAAUGCCUAUAUAUAGGGUUAGCUCCUUAACCAUUUUCCACCCACCAUAAGCAUUGGCUUCUCUUAUCAAACACUUAUAUGUACACUUAAACACAGACCUAUAGAGAGAGAGACAGAGAGUUUCUUGAAUCUUUAUUGUAAGCUAUACUAGCUUUGUGUUUUGGAAGCUUGGAAAUGGCAAGCUCAAGGGUGCUAGGUGCUGCAUUAUUGGUCUUGCUCCUUGUCGAGCUCUGCUUCGCUGGAAGGUCGUCAAAUUCGAUUUUUGGUAAAGGAGGUGGGGGUGGUGGAGGAGGAGGACAAGGUGGUGGAGGUGGUGGUGGUGGUUUAGGUGCAGGAGUUGGGUAUGGCUCCGGUUAUGGUUCGGGAUAUGGGUCUGGAGGUGGUGAAGGAUAUGGUGGUGCAGAAGGGUACGGUGGUGGAGGAGGCGGAGGUCGAGGCGGAGGUGGUGGUGGUGGUGGCGGGUCUGGUGGUAAAGGGUAUGGUUCAGGCUUUGGGUCUGGCAGCGGCUCAGGCUACGGCUCUGGCUCUGGUGGUGGGAGAGGAAGUGGUGGAGGUGGAGGCGGUGGAAAAGGAGGAGGAGGAGGUGGAGGUGGAGGCUUAGGAAUUGGAAGUGGGUCAGGUUACGGUUCUGGAUAUGGAGGCGGGUCUGGAUAUGGAAGUGGAGGAGAAGGAAAAGGUAGAGGUGGUGGAGAAGGCGGAGGUGGUGGAGGAGGAGCAGGAGGUGGUGGUGGUGGUGGUGGGAAUGGCUCUGGCUAUGGUUCAGGCUACGGAAGUGGGUCUGGAUAUGGAGGAGGAGCGGAAGAUGGUGGUUACCCAUGAGCAAGAACAAGGAAGGGGUAUUUGUGCUUGGGUAGCACUGUACUGUGUACGGCGUUUGUAUGUUGGAAUAAAAUUAUAUUGGAGCUGCUGUAUCACUUUUAUAUUCAUAAUAAUGUUUCCCUCUCGUUUUCAUGUAUUAUAUAAAUAAUAAAAGUAUCUUUUCUUUGUAAUUAAUUUUUAA